CGCCCGGGUUUCCUUUAUGAUCGCGGGAUCUCCCGUAUCUUACAGCAGACUUCACCUGACCGCUGGUGUAGCCGUGCACUCAGCCGCGCGCUCUCUCUCUCGCUCACUCGCUCUCCCCAGAACGACUCACUCUGCACCGAGCACUCCAGUCCCAUUGGAAGUUGGCGGUGCGAGGAGUCUGACAUUUACGCGCAGGGAUAUCUACGUAAAAAUAAGUGCACUUGUUUUGCGGGGAUAGUUGCCAUAUCCACCGUAGCUGCCUAUACAGUUCUAUAGCGCCUUCUGCGUCGCGAGCCCGUCCUUAACAGCAGUCAUGUCCGAGGUUCUGCCGUACGGAGAGGGGAAAAUGAGCGGAUACGGAGGGGACAACGAUGUCAGUCAGAUGUCCUUCAGCUGCGGGCUGCAGGACACCAACUCGUUCUUCGGAGCGUCGCAAGCGAAAAGACCUCCAAAACUUGGACAGAUCGGCAGGGCGAAGAGAGUGGUCAUCGAGGACGACCGAAUAGAUGAGGUGCUGAAAGGCAUGACCGACAAAUCAUCACCGGGCGUUUAAACCCGCGCGAUGCCUUGCAGACAUUUCAAUUUUUUAUCACCGAUUCGAAGCACUUGUCGGUUGUGCAUGUGAAGAAGAUUGCAAAGAGAUGGGGGGACGGUGGCACGACGCUCGAACCACGAGGAGACUAAACAAAAAGGGCAAACGAGAAUUAAAGAAGGGAGAGACGGAAUUUCCUUUGGGGUUUGCUGGCAAUUCUCCAAUAUAAACGACACCCGAAUGAAAGCUUUCAGGAAGAUGUCGGAGAUGUUGUUGUGGCUGCGCGCGCUGCGGCUCUGUGAAUAAAGAUGGAUGGACUUGUCAUUAUUAUUCCACGACCAUCAUCUUCCAAAAGCGCUGUAAGCAACGCGAAGUUCAACCGAAGACUGAACCGCAUCUUAAGCUCUGUUACUAUAGCUGUACAGUAUCUUUGCUCAAAGACCUUCCCCUUCACUCACACACACACAAACAAACACAUACAUAUAUGGAUCUGCCUUGAGCGUCGACUUCAAUUCGACUGCUGCUUUUAGAGACAUUUUAGACUUCACACAUACAGAUAUUGAGCUCCCAUAAUGAUAAUUGAACUAUAUAUGUACGGAUGGUGCAAUGUGAAUAUUUUCUUUCGCCAUUUUGCAUCAUGUUCUUUUUCAAAAAUUGAGAAUAUUAUCAUUCACAUGCCCACAGGUGUUGAAGCGUAUAGUCUUUGAAGCGUCGUUUGCUGAUCUAUUGUUUUGCCCUUCACUGCAGCUGAUUUGCGCACCUGCGCCACGGAUUCACAACAGUACAGCACAGAGGAACAUUGUGCAUUACCACCUCAUGUAAUUAAACCAACAUGAAUGCGUCUUGGUUUCUUCCAAGCCCUUUUAUGUUUGAUAUAUUUUGAUUUCAGCUCCUCACAUUUCUUUUGUCGUGUCCAUCUCUUUGCAUGAACUUUCACUCCGGUGCCAACAGAGGUGCCACCAUUAAUCUUACCCUGGCACGCUUCUUCUUUUUAAAAAAAAGUCAUAUUUGUAUUUUUAUAUCUAAAUAUUUGUUAUUUAAAAUGAUAUGCUAGUAUGUCGUCUUAAAGAUUCAUCAACAAUGAUGUUUAUAUUUCAGAGAAAAAUCUUUAGACAGGGACGAGAGGAUAAUUCAGUUUGGUUGGGAUGGUUUUUUGUUUGUUUUUAAAAAGACUUGAUGAAUGAAUGUUUCUCUGGUUUUUUGCACACCUACACAUCUGUGUUGAACUACUGUUAUAUGGAAAUCGUAAACUGUGACUUGAGCUUUGUUGAAUUUGUUAGAAAAAUGGCGAUAUUAGAAAUCUACUGCACUGUUUACGAAUAUCUUCAAAAAACUUGUUAUUUGACAGGUUUUUGGACAUUACGUUUCUUUUAUUUGAAUUUUUUGCUUUGUUUUGUACCAUUAUUCUAAAGAAACUGACUAUGGUUUGUUGUGCAUGAAACCUUAAUACUUUUCAAUAAUGGAACAUCGUUUUAUUAAGCAAAAAAAGCAACAAAAAAUGUCAUGACAUUCUAAGAAUGAAUCAUUGCAUAUUAAAAUACCAUUUUCACUGUAUUUGGUGAACUAAUAAAUGGUGGAAGAACAUACA